AUGGAUAAGAGUUGGAUGGUUUUACCGAGACAAACUGAGGAGUAUAGAAAUGGAGUUGAGUCUUUCUUACAAUUUGCAUUUUCUAAUGCUAACAUAAAUGGAAUGAUUUUAUGCCCUUGUGUGCGGUGUAAGAUUGGUAUAUUUGUUUCAAGAGCGGUUGCUUAUGAUCAUUUGACGGUUGAUGGAUUCAUCAAAGGUUAUACUCACUGGGUAGCUCAUGGAGAAAUAGCUUAUAGUGCAUCUACAAACUCUGAUUUUGUCCAACCUCGAAAGGAUGCAGAUGAUAUGCAAGGAUUAGUUUACGAGGCAUUUGGGAUUCCAGAGCAUAAUGAUAGUAUUAUCAGCACAUCAACAUUUGAAAAUGAUAAGGAGAUUCCAACUAGAGAGACAGAGAAAUUCUAUAAAUUAAUUGAUGAUUCACAAAAAGAAUUAUAUCCAGGGAAAAUGACCAACAGGAUUUUUGAUAUGCUUUUAAAUUUAUUGAGAGAAACAUUUCCAAAUGCAAUGGAUGAUUUGCCUAAAUCGUACUAUGAAGCAGAAAAAUUGAUGAAGCAAUUAGGACUUGGUUAUGAAAAGUUUGAUACUUGUCCUAAUGAUUGCACUUUGUUUUGGAGGUUGGAUAAAGACAGAAUUCAAUGCAAAAUAUGUAGUGAGCUUAGAUGGGAAACAUCUGAAAAUGAUUCUAUUGGUGAGAAAAGAAAAAUCACACGUAAGGUUUUAUGGUAUUUUCCAAUAAAGCCUAGAUUACAACGUUUGUUCAUGUCAUCCAAAACAGCAUCCCAUAUGAGAUGGCAUUCUGAAUCCCGUACAAAGGAUGGUUACAUGCGGCAUCCAGCUGACUCUCCAUCUUGGCAAACAUUUGACCAUAAGCAUCCAGAAUUUGCAAAGGAUCCUAGGAACAUAAGGCUUGGUUUAGCAUCAGAUGGAUUUAAUCCAUUCAAAAAUAUGAGUGUGACACAUAGUACAUGGCCAGUUAUUUUAAUGCCAUAUAAUCUUCCACCAUGGAUGUGUAUGAAGCAACCAUACUUUAUGUUGUCACUAUUGAUACCUGGCCCAUCCGCUCCAGGGAAUAACAUCGACAUCUACUUGCAACAUCUUAUUGCAGAUUUGAAGGAUUUAUGGGAGAUAGGAGUUCAAACAUAUGAUGCAUCAACUAAACAGAAUUUUCAAUUGCAUGCUUCAUUACUAUGGACAAUAAGUGAUUUCCCCGGACAUGCAAACUUAUCCGGAUGGAGUACUAAAGGAAAACUUGCAUGCCCAGUGUGUCAUCAAUUUACACAUUCACAAUGGUUAAAACAUGGUGGAAAAUAUUGUUAUAUGGGUCAUCGGAGGUUUUUAAAUAGUGAUCAUGUAUUUCGAAAAAAUGCUCAAUUUUUUGAUGGCACAGAAGAGCAUGGAAGACCACCACCUAUACUAUCAGGAGACAUGGUGAUAAAUGAGUUGAAAAUUUUGAAAUUUACUUUUGGAAAAACAGUUAAUGAUAAUUCAGCUCUGCCAUUCAAUUGGAAAAAAAUGAGUAUAUUCUUUGAUUUACCAUAUUGGAAAGAUAAUGUGAUACGUCACAAUCUUGACUUUAUGCAUAUUGAAAAGAAUGUAUGUGAAUCUAUUUGUGGGACAUUGCUGAAUAUAGAAGGAAAAUCGAAAGAUAAUCUCAAAUCACGACUUGGUUUGCAAGAAAUGGGGAUAAGAUCAUCACUUCAUCCUAUUGAGAAAGGAUCAAAUAAAGUUUAUUUACCUCCCGCAUCUUUUUCAAUGGGGAAAAAAGAGAAGGAUAUAUUUUGCAAGAUUUUUCCUCCAUCAUUUUUUGACAUAAUGGUUCAUCUAACUAUUCAUUUGGCAACUGAAGUACAACUUGCUGGGCCAGUUCACUAUCGUUGGAUGUAUCCAAUUGAAAGGUACUUGGGAACAUUAAAGUCUUAUGUUCGAAAUAGAAGUAGACCAGAAGGAUCUAUUGCUGAAGGAUUACGUAGAGACAAGAUUUAA